AUGUUUUCCAAAUCCCCCACUAUGGAUACGGCCCGCCGUACCGAGGGCGAUGGUAUGGAAACUGAGGAACUGACUGGAUCGUUCACCGCUAAACGAUCCUCCUUGUCAUCCACCACAUCAUCCUCCCUGAUACCAUCGUCGGGUGACAUUAAACUGCCGGCCAACUUUUCUAUCGAACGACUACUGCCCCACUCUGGAUCAAACCCAGUGUAUCGACCAACCGAACUCGUCACCGGUGGCAACAACUCACUGGCCGCAGUUGUGCCACGCGGCAAAGUGUUCAAUCUAGUGCCCCGACUUGUGUCAUCCAGUGGACGCCCGAAACUGUCCACGAUGCACCACAAAGAGCCAAAGUUUGUUCCGUUCGAACCGUACAAAGGUGCCGUAACACCGAUUAUCCCCGGACGCAACCACAUUCCCGGUGGAGGAACGCGCGUUAAGCUUGCCAACCGUAACAAUCUAGACCUCAGCGUGCUCGUCUCACAGAUGUCCACCAUCACGGAUAAGGAAUUGCGCAGCCAGGUACUGCCCACGUCGGACGACGAAGAGAAGCUGCGGUACGAGAAAGAGCUGGAAGAGCUGCGCAAAGAGCGAGACUAUUUUCAGGGGCAGUUAAAAUUUCAAGCACAAGUUAAUGCGGAAUUGAAAAAUCUACUAGUCGCGGCCGUUGGCGAAGACUUGCAAACGAAGGUAAACGUGCUGACCGAGGACAAGCUACACCUAGCGCGCAAAUUGCUGAACUCAGCCGAAAAUUUAUCCUCGCACACGGAACAGAUCGAAUUUCUGGCCGGACAGAGUGAGGUGUGGCGCAGUAAGUUUCUAGCUAGCAGCCUAAUGGUGGAAGAGUUGGCCCGCUGGAAGGCAAGCCUAUUGCAGCGGAACGGACUACUACUAGCAUCGAACAAAGAACAGCUCGAGGUCAUUUCUAAAGCGCGCGAAAUGACCAUCGACGUGCUGAAACAUUUGCGCUUCCUGGCCAAUGCAAAGGAACCGCUGCAAUUACAAUCCGCCACCAUACUGGAUCUAGCGUCCGAGUGCGUUAACAUAUCGCAACAGAUGGCACUCCAGCAUUCGGCCCUCGGUAUGCCAACGAAUUUGGAUGAUUUGAAGGCGCUCGAGUGUAUGACGGAGGCGGAAAAGCUGGCAGUGCAGGCUUUGCAAAAUUCGCACCAAUCGUUGGUACCGACGGACGAAGCUUUUCGGGCGAUCGUUGGCCAAGCAUUUCCUUCCAUUCAUUCGUUGAAGCAACAGUCGGACUCGUCGCUCCUGUCGAUGGGUUCCGAUUUUGAAGUCAUAACUAAGCCAGACAAUGAAACGUUCGGGGAGGAAGCACAUUAA